AUGCAGAACCCGCCUGGUGCCCCGGGGAGGUACGAAGAUUACACCGUCGCCGUCAUCUGCGCCAUCGGCUUCGAGAUGAGCGCCGUCCGCUACAUGUUAGAUCACGAACAUUACCGCCUGCCGCCAAGACAAGGUGACUCGAAUAUAUACGUCCUCGGCGAGCUGAGCGGCCACAACAUCGUCCUUGCGUGUCUUCCGGGCAACCAGGGAAAGGGCGCCGCCGCCGUCGUCGCCACGAACAUGGUCCGCACUUUCCCUUCCAUCAAGUGGCGAUUUCUCGUCGGCAUCGGAGGAGGUGUGCCCAGUGACAAACACGAUAUUCGCCUGGGCGAUGUGGUGAUCAGCAUGCCCGAAGGCCAAUAUGGUGGGGUAGUCCAACUUGACCUGGGGAAGGAUACGGAGGUCAACUUCCAGCUCAAGGGAUUCCUAUGGCCUCCGCCAACAAUGUUGAGGGGUGCUGUCGAGCUGAUGCGGUCCGAGCAUUUGAUGGCGGAAAACAAAGUGGAAGAACACUUGUCUCAGAUGCUACAGAGGGGACCUCGGCUUUCCGUCUACCAACGCCCGGCCACGGGGCACGACGUACUCUUUGAUACAGACUACCCCCACGUCGAGAGCCGCUCCGCGUGUGAGAACUGUGACAGGACGAAGAUCAUCAGCAGGCCGUCUCGAGAGUUUCCGGGCCCUGUGGUACACUACGGACUGAUCGCUUCCGGAGACCGAGUCAUGAGGAGUGCGACAAAGAGAAAAGCGGCCUCUGGUAAUGUAGGCGACAUACUUUGUUUCGAGAUGGAGGCGGCAGGGAUCGCGACCGAGUUCCCCUGCAUUGUCAUUCGCGGCAUUUCCGACUAUGCAGACUCUCACAAGAAUGACAGCUGGCAGCACUACGCUGCCGCCGCCGCCGCCGCAUCCGCCAAGGAGCUGCUCUCGUAUGUCUCUCCCGAGCAGCGUAUGGACGACGCGACGACAGGCUCACCCGGCCAACGUUCACCCCCCGCCGCAGCGAGCUGUGGGGGGAAUUUGUAUAUUGAGUAUCACAACAAAGAUAUAACUUCAAGUGACCUCGAACACCACCUAUGGAGAGACUUUUUGGAAGACCUGUGCGAAAGUGACCCCAACACCGAUAUGACCCGAAUAGAAGAAGACAAGGGCAGCUUACUACCGAAAUGCUUUGACUGGAUCCUGGAUAACGAAGAGCUCAAAGCUUGGCAAGAAUGUGAAAACAAUAGACUGCUAUGGGUCAGAGGUGGUCCGGGCAAGGGCAAGACAAUGCUGAUGAUAGGUCUCGUUCGUCACCUAAAAGAUCGACUACGGACUGAGAACUGCGCACUCGCCUUCUUCUUCUGUCAGAACACAGAUCAACGCCUCAACAACGGAAUUUCUGUCUUACGAGGUCUAGUUUGGAUGCUUUUAUGCAAGAACCUUGUCUUAAGCAAACACAUACCUGAGGAAUACCGCUUGAAAUCCAAGGAAAAGCGGAAGGUGAUGUUGGAUAGCCAGAAUCCGAACCUGUUUUCAACUCUGAAGAUGAUGCUUGAAAAUAUAUUGGGAGGGGCUCCGUUUGAUAGGGUCUAUCUUUUGGUUGAUGGGUUAGACGAAUGUGAUAAGGAUUCGGACCAGCUUGUCAGGUGGAUGACCCAGGUUGCCGGUCGGACCCUGCGACCCUCCCAGUACCGACAGAUACUCGACCUGGAAUUGAAAGACGAGCACAUAUCUCGUGCGGUUGCUCAAUUCAUUGAGCAGAAAGUCAAACGCCUCGCAGAAGAAGGGCAAUAUGAUAAAGAACUUCAACAAAAAGUCCAGACAAAGCUAGAGAAGAAGGCAGAGUCGACAUUUCUCUGGGUCGCUUUGAUAUGCCAGCGUCUGAACGAAGUCCCCCGCAUGGAGGUCAUGGCCGAGAUCGACAAGUUCCCGCUUGGACUACCAGCCCUCUACGACAGAAUGAUGCAUAUUAUCGAACAGCACGGGGAUGAGACCAGCCUGUUCUGUAAGCAGAUUCUUCGCACUGUCACCAUCGUUUACCGCCCGAUUACGCUUGAAGAGCUUGUCCCGCUAGCGAACCUUCCCAGUGAACAAUAUAAGGACGUUCAUGAACUCGUCAGCCUCUGCAGCUCAUUCGUGAUCCUUCGUGAGAGUAUGGUCCGGUUGCUGCACCAAUCAGCCAAGGAUUAUCUAUACGAAAACUACCAGUCUAGGCUUCAGCAGGCGGGGGUUGCUCAAGGGCAUGCGGACAUCAGCAGGCGCUCGAUUAAUGCGAUGUCCUCAGUGCUAAAACAAAACAUGUACAACCUCAGCUUCAGCUUCAAACCAGAGUAUGUGAGACCACCCGAGCCAGAUCCGUUAGCUCCAGUACGGUAUUCGUCCGUCUUCUGGGCCGAUCACCUCUGUUUUCUGAAUGGUGAGAGCCCGGAGACUAAAAGAUUGUUAAUGGACCAUGGACCGGUGCUACAAUUUUUGAAUGAGAAUUUCCUCCGCUGGCUCGAGAGCCUGGCUCUCCUCGGAAAACUCUCAGAUGGAGUACAGGCGAUAAAGAAGCUUGUACAUGUCACCCAGCUACAACUGGGUGCAAGCACACCGCUUCUUGAGUUCCUGAAGGAUGCCGAGAAAUUUGUCCUGAGUCACAGAUCGAUCAUAGAAAGGGCUCCGUUGCAGGUAUAUGGCUCCGCGCUCGCGUUCAGUCCGACGAUGAGUAAGGUCAGAAACAUGCAGUGGAAAGAAAGGCUAUCAUUUAUCAAUAUGAUAGCAGGUGUUAGAGAGGGUUGGAGUGCGCACCAACAGACGCUUGAGGGACACAGCGAUGGGGUUAAAACAGUCGCCUUCUCACCGGAUGGGAAGACGCUUGCGUCGGCUUCACGCGACUGCACCGUCAAGCUCUGGGUCACAGCAACAGGCGCACCUCAACAGACGCUUGAAGGACACAGCAAUUGGGUCAAUGAUGUCGUCUUCUCACCAAAUGGAAAGACUCUAGCGUCGGCUUCAGCUGACCACACCAUCCGACUAUGGGGCACAAUGACGGGUUCGCUCCAGCGGACGUUUGAAGGACACUAUGAUUCAGUUAGGGCAGUAGCCUUCUCUCCAAAUGGCAAGAUACUAGUGUCAGCUUCAUCUGACUACACUGUCCGGCUCUGGGACACAGCGACGGGCGGGUCUUAUAUGGUUCUUAGGGGCCAUAGCGGUUCAGUCCGGGCAGUCGCAUUCUCACCAGAUGGCAAGAUGCUAGCGUCGGCUUCAGGUGACUGCACUAUACGGCUCUGGGAUAUAGCAACGGGUGCACCCCAGCAGACGCUUGAAGGGCACAGUCGUCCGGUCAGCACUGUCGCUUUCUCACCAGAUGGCAAGACACUAGCGUCUGCUUCAGGUGACCACACGAUCCGGCUCUGGGACAUUGCAACGGGCGCACCCAAAACGCUUUCGGGGCAUGGCAAUUGGGUCAGCGCAGUCGCCUUCUCACCAGAUGGAAAGACAAUAGCCUCUGUUUCAGGUGACCAUACGAUCCGGCUCUGGGACACAGCAACAGGUGCGCCCCAACGCACGCUUCAAGGGCACAGCAAUUGGGUCAGCGCAGUUGCCUUCUCACCGGAUGGCAAGAUCCUAGCGUCAGCUUCAGCUGACUACACUGUCCGGCUCUGGGACACAGCAACGGGGAUGCCCCAGCAGACGCUUGAAGGUCACGGCAAGUGGAUCAACGCAGUCGCCUUCUCACCGGACGGUAAGACGCUAUCGUCUGCCUCGGAUGAUUGCACAGUUCGACUAUGGGACACAGCAGUUAGCAUGCCUAAGCAGGUGCUUGAAAGGCAUAGUAGUCCUAUCAACUCAGUCGCUUUAUCACCAGAUCGGAAGAGCCUAGCAUCGGCUUCAGAUGACACCACAGUCCGACUCUGGGACACGGCAACGGGCACGUCCCAAAGGACGCUUAAGGGGCACAGCGCUUCGGUUAACGCAGUCGUCUUCUCGACAGAUGGCAAGAAGCUAGCGUCGGCUUCGGCUGAUCACACGCUCCGGCUUUGGGUCACAGCAACAGGCAUGCCUCAAAGGACGCUCAAGGGGCAUAGCGGUUCGGUUACAGCAGUCACCUUCUCACCAGAUGGCAAUACGCUAGCAUCGGCUUCAGCCGACCACACGGUCCGGCUCUGGGACACCGCAACAGGCGCGACCCAACGCACGCUUCAAGGGCACUACGAUGAAUAUGUGAGCGAAGUUAUCUCACCAGAUGACAUGACCCGAUCGCCGACCUCUAUCAAGGACUGGGGAAGAGAAGACAUUCGCUUCAUAUCAGGGUGGGUUCCAAAGAAUACACUUGGGACUCCAGUGAACGAAGUUCCACGGACAAGUGCACGGACAACACCUGGGAUUGCAGCUUACCGCACUGCCCGGCAUAUGGUUAGCAGGCACAGCAUUUCGGUGAAGUCAGUCGCCUUCUCACCAGAUAGCAAGACUUUAGCGUCGAUUUCGGAUGAUUCCACCGUCCAGCUCUGGGAUGCAGAGACGGGCUCGCAUCGGCAGACGCUCAAAGGAAACAGCAAUUCCUGGGACACAACCACAGGCGCAUCUCGGGGAAUGCUUGGAGGGCACAGUAGCCCGGUCCAUGUAUUUGCGUUCUCAGAGGAUGGCCAAUAUCUGAAAACAGACCACGGGUUCCUUAGACUCUCCGUGAAAUACCACCCACCUGACAAGCGUAUUGAGCAGAAGCAUUCUGAUUACGCUCUAUCUGUCGGUACAGAAUGGGUGAAGCUGGGCGGAGAGAAUCUCCUUUGGCUUCCUAAAGAUUAUAGAGCUACGUGUGGCGCUAUAUAUGGUCAUACUGCUGUCCUGGGACAUCGUUCAGGCGGAGUGACAUUCCUGCAAUUCGAAAUUCCUUAG